CUCAGGCAGUAGUCAACAGAGUCUACAGUAGCGGUAAUUUGUAACUUUACACAAGCUAUCAUCAAUGGAGCAUAAUUUUUGCACUACUAUGAUAGCCGCCACAUCAUCCAUCUUGAAGGUGGAUGGCUUUCAUUUAUCCCACGAACACACUUUUUAGUACGGUACGCAGCAUGAGUGGGGAUGAAGGAGUGCCAUCAUUUGCGCGAUGUAUAACGUGGUAGCUAUUAGCAUAAAAGUAGCAUCGAUCCGCUUGUUAGCAAUGUCAUUGUUCCGAAAAGGCCUUCUCCUACAUCUUUAGUUCUAAACUCAUGUAACAGAUUAAGUGUUCCAAUGUUUCCAAAUGUUUGUUUAAUGCCGGUAUAGACAUUGGCCUGUGUUCAUCCAAUCUCCACUUGAAAUGAACAUUGGACCUCUAGUUAAAACGCAGCCAUGUCAUACUCCUCAUUUACAGAGACAAAAGAUCAUGAAAGCUCCCGCACAAACUCGUGUGAUGGCACAAAGCUGAUCCCAUUCUCUUUGUCCAGUAUCUAGGUUAAGAUUAGAUCCACCAUGACACCCAUCAUAAUAGCCAUAAAAGCUUCUUCUUAUGUUAAAUGUGUGAAUAAUAUGUUUUUAAUGAGAGCUGAUGAUUUAGUCAAAAAAAUGAUAGCGGUUAAAAUAGUAGCCAUAAUUUUGCAUCUCCCUGCACCAAGACUCCAUGUGUAGCGGCAUUACCAAAUAGCAUCCUCAUUUUUUUAUUAUUUCUUACUAUAACAGUCAUUACAAUAAUCAUUAUCUUACUCUAUGAUAAACCUACUAUCGAUAUAGAAUCUUGGAUAGGCUUCAUAAGUCUAUUCGUUGGACUUUGGAGUUAAAAAAAAACGUUCAUUUCUUGUUGCCUAAUGCCUAUCUAAUACUAGUUGACUCUUGCUAUAAUGGUGCUUGAGGGAAUUUUUUAGCCAAAAAAAACUUGAUUGUUCUUUAUUUGUUUCAUUACUCAUCCUUGGCUGUGCAUUGGUCGUGCUUGUUUAAAAAAUCGCAUUAGUUGAUCCAUGAAUGGUGGAAAAAAUUGAAUUGAAAACAUGAAGUAGAUAGGAUCUGUAACUUGGAUUAGAUUAUUUAUUUUAUAUUAACUUGUUACUGUGAUUCCAUGUGCUCAUUCUGUUGGUUUCCGGUUGUCCGCCGAAUCCCUUUUUGAAUCCCACCGGCUCCUUGCUCUUUUCACGCUCUCCUCGUCCCCUGACCCUACUCUCCAUCAUUUAUUCUUCUCUAAUCCUAUGUUUAAACUUUAAACGUUCACUCCCCCUGUUUACUCUCCUCUAACCCUCUAUCUAAACCGUAAAUUUUCGAAGACAAUGGCGGUCUCUUCGAGGGGAAAGAGCGAGCUUUGGGGUCAAGAGAGAAGGACGGCCGAGAGGAAAGCCUCGGUGGUCUACUACCUCUCGAGAGACGGCCAAUUGGAGCACCCUCACUUUCUGGAAGUCCCGCUCUCCUCCACCGAAGGGCUUUAUCUCAGAGAUGUCAUCAAUCGUCUCUGCGUUCUCAGAGGGAAAGAGAUGGCUGCCAUGUACUCGUGGUCUUCCAGAAGGAGAUAUAAGAACGGAUUUGUGUGGUUCGAUCUCUGCGAAGAGGACUUCGUCUACCCAAUUCACGACCAAGAAUACAUUCUCAAAGGAUCGGAGCUCUUCCACCUCGGUAACUCUUCUCCUACAUCCGAGAAGCCUCCCGAAAUCUCUAAUUUCGUCCGAGACGUUUCCGAUAUUCCCGUCUCGAGAAGAAAGAUGACGUCUUGGGACUCUUUCGAUCUCAACGAGUCCACGGCCUACAAAAGCGAACCGACGGGUGUCACCGCCGUCAAAUUCUCCGACGCCUCGACCCAGACCGACGGCCUGCGGCACGGGCGACGAGCUCCCAUCGGAGAAGACAGGCAAGCGGAGACCGCGAAUCCCGAACCGACGGAGCUCGGGACGGACGAGAUCUCGCCUCCGCCGUCCCCCUCGAGCCCGGAGACGCUGGUGGCGGUGAUCAAAGCCGACGGCCGGAUCGUCGCGAUACGCCCGGAGGAUAGGAGUCAUCGGACGGUGGGCGCCUGCCCGAAAGGGAGGGCGAGGGCGUCGGCGGUCCUGAUGCAUCUGAUCUCGUGCGGCUCGAUCUCGGUGAAGGAGCAGGGGAUCUCGCUGGUGUCCCAGUACAGGGGAAGACUGCCGAUGGAGGCCGUGUCAGGGCGCAUGGGAUUGGAGGACAAGAAGUAUUUUAGUGGGAGUUUGAUUGAAACGAGGGGGUUGGGAAAUGGUGGCGUUGGAGAAUUCACCGGCUUGAAGCGGUCGGCUUCCUGUAAUGCUGCCAGGACCUUAAGAAUGGAAUUAAGCAAGGAAAUCGAGGAUGACCAUGCCAAAUGCAUGCCCAGAAAGCCCAAGAGAGGGAAAGAAAGGAACCUGCCCAUCACACGCGGCAUACACCAGAGCAGAAGGAUAAAUGGUUGACCACCCUAUAACUAGAACCAGAUGAUUCAGUUUGUAAAACUGAUUUUCUUUUUUAAUUUCUCGAUCUUUAAAA